AUGAAGCAAAAUAUUGGACGGGGCGAAUUUUCUCAGUUCCCCAAAUUGUCACAGACAAGCUGCCAGGAAGACGACGUUUCAACUUACGUUCAACAUUUAAAUGCCCUCUAUUCAGAUUUUGAAUCUAGGUUUGAGGAUAUUUUGACUAUGAUAAUACCACCGUGGAUAAUUAAUCCAUAUGGUGACAUAGAAGAAACGAGUGUCAUAAUACAAGAGGAACUGACUGAACUAAGUACAAACGAAGAACUUAAGGUUCAGUUUAAAAACGGGUAUCAGCAAUUCUGGCUGCAAAACAACAUACCCGUUACUUAUCCCGUAUUAUGGAAUAUAGCGAGGAAAUUUUUAAUUUCCUUUCCAUCGUCAUACCUAGUGGAAAGGGGGUUCAGCGCUGUUACCAAUCUCCUAACGAAAAAAGAAACAGACUGGACAUCAUUAACCGAGGAGAUUUAA